AUGGCAGAGCAAGAAGUCUACGGCGAUAAAUUCGCUGGCCACUCACCCUCACUUCCCAGAAAUACCUUUACUGGUUCUGGUGCUGAACAAGAUGUCUACGGAAGUAAAUUUGGGGGUCACUCACCUUCAGUUUCACUCCCUAGAGGCUCAUUCACUGGUUCCGGUGCCGAGCAAGAUAUCUACGGAAAUAAAUUCGCAGGUCAUUCCCCAUCGCUUUCACUUCCCCGAGGCUCCGGCGCCGAACAGGAUAUCUUUGGCUCCCACUUCAAUCGCACUUCGUACCAAGGUCUCACCACCAGCACUUUGGGUCUGAUGCACUCUGUCGCUCUACCUUCUUUCACUUUACAUGCCGGUCUUUCUGCCAUAGCCUACGGAGUUUCCCGGUACACAGAUCGUGUGGAAGGCAAGGAUUUCCUCUGGGCUUCUGGCAUGACGUUGAAUGCUUGGUGGAGCGCCAUUGGUUCUCGUGUUAUUAAUGACGGCCUCUCUGUCUCUGAAGCCUGGUCUGAUCUCAUCUAUCCGCAAAAGCUUCUUCUUCUUGGUGCUACAGCUUGGGGUGUCCGUCUUACUUCUCGCGUUGUGUCGCGAAGUUUGAAGCGUGGAGAGGAUGACCCUCGAUAUGCUGCCGACAAGAAGGAUCCUGGUUUCUGGAACAGGGCUUUGUUUACUACAUUCUUGCCCGAGGCUAUUGCUCAGACCAUUAUUUCUCUUCCAUUCACGCUUCCUUUCCGCAAUGUCAACGAAUGUGCUCUGGCUUCUCCUGUUACUGCCUACGGUCCUUACUUGAGGGAUCUCGCUGUCUUUUUGUUCUCUACUGGAUUCACACUCGAGACACUAGCUGAUGCCCAGCUCGAGUCUUUCAAGAAGAGCAACCGUCCAGGUGUUAACCGGGAAGGCGUAUGGAGCAUUGUUAGACACCCCAACUACCUCGGAGAUGCCCUCAUCCACGCCUCAUUCCCCAUCCUUCUACUCAGCGCCGGUAUCCUCCACCCUGUGGCUGUUCUCGGUCCACUCGCCAACUACGUCUUUUUGCGCUUCAUCGGAGGUGACAAGCAGAACGAGGAGAGCCAGGAGGAGCGAUACUCCAAGCACGACGCCAUCAAGGCUGAAGAUUUCAAGCAGUACAGAGAAGAAAAGAAUAGCUUCUGGCCCAAGCCGGAAGAGAUUAGUAACCGUUGGACUUUGGGAUUGAUGGUUGCUGGUGUUGCUGGGGUUGUUCUUGAGAGGGGGCUUCGGAAUGUGCUUUGA